UCCGCGUGUCUCCACAGAAGAUGGCCUCGACGUGCCCACGGCCCCUGCUGAGGUACCGGUCCUUCGCCAUCCUCUUGCUCGCACCGCUGCUGCUGCUGCCGCUGCCGAUCACUGUGCCCACGCGGGAAGCCAAAUGCGCAUAUAUCAUCAUCAUCAUGGCUGUGUACUGGUGCACUGAAGUUAUCCCACUGGCUGUUACUUCCCUAAUGCCAGUUGUAUUUUUCCCUCUGCUUGGAGUUCAGAGCUCUAAAUCAGUGUGCUUGCAGUAUCUAAAUGACACAAAUAUGCUCUUUGUUGGAGGGCUGAUAGUUGCAAUUUCUGUUGAACGGUGGAAUCUUCACAAAAGGAUUGCGCUGAGAGUCCUGCUGAUACUUGGGGUGAAGCCUGCACUCCUCAUGCUGGGGUUUAUGAUAGUCACUGCCUUCCUGUCCAUGUGGAUAAGUAACACAGCAACCACUGCUAUGAUGGUUCCCAUUGUUCAGGCUGUCCUGGAUCAAAUGGACAACACAGAAAAUGAUGUGACCAUGAUGGAACAAGCAACUGGCCAAACAAAUACAGUGAUUGAGCUGGAGGAAAAGAAUGCAUCAGAUCCCACUCCAGUGCAGGUCAUAAGCAAUGGACAAGUUCCUGAUGGCACCAGAUCUUCUGAGGAAAAGAAAAUGAAGAAACGUAUAUGUAAGGGAAUGACACUGUGUGUGUGCUAUGCUGCCAGCAUUGGAGGAACUGCAACACUGACUGGAACAGGGCCAAACAUGGUAUUGAAAGGCCAGAUGAAUCAAUUAUACCCCAACAAUAAUGAUGUCCUGAAUUUUGCUUCCUGGUUUGGGUUUGCCUUUCCAAACAUGAUUCUGAUGUUGGUGUUAGCGUGGCUUUGGCUUCAGUGCUCUUUCAUGGGAUUCAACUUUAAAAAAAGCUGGGGGUGUGGGACAGUGAGAACUGCUAAAGAAAAAGCUGCAUACAACGUGCUGAAAGCAGAAAUGAAGAAAUUGGGCCCUAUCUCUUAUGCUGAAUUCAAUGUCCUCGUAAUGUUUGCAUUGCUGGUUGUCUUGUGGUUUUCCAGACACCCAGGCUUUGUAAAAGGCUGGGCUAGCAGGGUCUUUCCAGAAGGAGAAAAAUAUAUCACUGAUUCUGCUCCUGCUGUGUUUAUUGCCCUGCUACUGUUCAUCCUUCCUGCUAAUAAACCCAAAUUCAUAGGCUGGAGUUCAAGCAUGUCUGACACUGAACAGACUGAAGAAGAUAUUAAGAAGCCAUUUUUAUCAGCCCCGCUGCUGGACUGGAAUGUGGUUCAGAGGAAGAUGCCCUGGAACAUUGUGCUGCUGCUGGGAGGAGGUUUUGCUUUGGCUGAUGCAAGCGCAAACUCUGGACUGUCAGGUUGGCUGGGUCGUCAGAUGACUCCAUUAGGAUCUAUUCCACCCUGGUCCAUUGCAACAGUACUUUCCCUUAUUAUAGCAGUCUUCACUGAAUGCACCAGUAAUGUUGCCACAGCCACUCUCUUCCUACCUGUCUUUUCAUCCAUGGCUGUAUCUGUCAAGAUCCACCCUUUGUACGUUAUGCUGCCAAGUACUCUGAGUGCUUCCUUUGCCUUCAUGCUGCCUGUUGCGACACCUCCAAAUGCAAUAGUGUUUUCCUAUGGCCACAUCCGGGUUUUGGACAUGGUUAGGACUGGAAUAGUAAUGAACAUCAUUGGAGUCUUCUGUGUCACACUGGCAAUCAACACAUGGGGAAGACCUAUAUUUGAGCUGGACACAUUCCCAACAUGGGCAAAUAGCACAACUAAUCAAUCCAGUGUUAGAUGCUACCUUCUGGGAGUCACACAUCAGAUCAAGUAUGGACCAACUCAUUACAGUCAUGCUGGAGACAAAUGUGCUGUUUAAUUAUGGUAUGUUUGGAUCAUAAGUAUGAUCAAGUGAUUCACUGCAUUUUCAACCAAGGUCAAGAGUUAGAAUUUAUUUAACUUAUGAAAUAAAAAGAGGGCAAGCUGUCGUAUCAAAUAGUUUGGACUAUUUUAUCACUGGUAUGUAUCUGUAAAUCAUUGUCAUUGGACCCAGUUAAGAGCUGACAAUUCAUUAACUGCUACAUAUCAACAAGUCAGCAGCUGUACAAAGAAAUUCCCAAUGUCACUUAUUUAGGGUAAAGUCUGUUAUGUUUUAAUCUGGAUUCAACCUUGUGGUGAGCUGUCUCCAAGUCAGCAUGCAAAUGUUUUUGAUCACCUUGUUUUCAUUCCCAGAUCUCAGUGCGUUUAGACACCAUUAUCGAGAGUCAGGAUAAUGUGAUGCCAUGCUAGUUAAGAUUCUGUUGAAGUCUUGAGCAAUUAUGUUGGCUGUGUGUUCCUUGCACUGGUAGGGUCAAGAAUCUUUCCUCCAUUGGCUCCAGGUAGAUGUGGUUUCACAGGUUUUGUUAGUGCCAGCUUGGAAAUGACUGGUCGAGCAUAGGAUUUCACACCUACUGGAAAAGCUCCUGGAUUCAUCUUAUUUAAUAACUGUAGAAUUUUGAAGUGGAAACAAGGCAAGAGAGAGGCUCUAAUUGAAGGCCUUGCAAACAAUAAGGGGUGCAAAUGACAGGGCUUGUGCUGAUUGUGUACUUUAGAAUCCAGGUCCUGUGACAAAACUGUAGCACCUAUUCAUGUAACUUCUGAAGCAAAAGUCAGUCAAAAAAUUAAUGUUGGACUAGGUGUAUCUUGUCAUUGUGUAUGAAUGUUUAUUUAGCCUUGAAGAUGAAGUUGGGAUGUAAGGCCUUGUGUUGUAGUGGACACAUCUAUGAUCAUGACCCAAGUUUUUGUUUCUGGAUUUGCUGUACAACCUCAGGCAGGUCAAUUUACUUCUUUUUAUCUCUGUUUCCCAUUCUGAAAAGAUAUUACGGAACUUAUCUACCUCAUAGGAUGUUGUGAAGAAAUAAGGGUCAACUUAUUUCUACUUUAAGGGUAAUUUUCCACCUUGAGGGGGGGGAAAAAAGCUACAUCUGGCCUCUGGCACUAUAACGUGUGUAGAAUAUUUAACAGGUUUGUAGUUAACAUGAAUGUUCCUUACAUAACUGUAAAAAAUAUUCAUGUUUUAACUUUAAAAGCGAGUCAAGUGCAUAUAUCCACAAGAUCACUAGUUGCUUUUAUGAGCAGAAAAUUUCUUCAGUAUUGAUUUGAGUUUCAUGCUUUUAUCUUCUAUGGUCUUUCAAGGUGCUACGCACCAUAAACUCUCCACUGACUGUUGUUCCUGGUAUCUCCAAUAGCAUUCUGUCUACCUAGCUGGCUGCAUGUGAUGCAGCCUCAUACCUCUUCCAUGGAAUGAUGGGAUGUGUGGAUAAACACUUGCAAAGUGUUUCUAAGGAAAAGAUCAGUUCUGUUGCCAAGAAAUAGCUUUGUCACAGGUGUUAGUCACCACCUGAAGGUUAUCACAGUAUUCAUUUAAGGAUGUAAAGCCAGAACCAACUAAGCACCUCCUAUGCUUUGGAAAUCAUCACUUAAUGCUGACUUGCAUCUGUAGAUAUCUAAUUGCAUUUGAGAAAGUGACUUUUGUUUUGACAGUCCUCGUAAUAUGAGGACACUUCAUCAACUGCAAGAUUCUUCAUAGCGUUUGAUCUUCACUGUUGCAGGUGAGGUACAGUGGUGUGGCUGGGUAACACUGAGCUUGGCUCUCUCAAUUUAUACAGAUCCAAAUUCCUCAAAAAAUGGUUUCAGCUUGAGGGUAUAGGACAGGUACUUCCCUCUCCUGUUUGCAGAAAGGAACGUUCUGAAAGUAUCUUGAUGGGAAGAAAGUGCCCUCCUCUCAGCUAGGAAAGUGCUUUCUUUUGUUACGAAAGUAGAAAACAGAUGUCAUUUUCUGGAAUGGUUUCACUGGGUGAGUUACAGACGUGCCAGAUCGGGGAGGAAAAUACUCAUGGUGGUGUAAAGAAAGGACUCUGACUCUUUUAAUAAAUGCGGUGCGCUUGAUGUGUCACCUUGUUGCCCUGUUGAUCUCGAGUACAUCCCUCUGAGACAUCCUUAUUUAUGACAUCUUUAUAAAUGAGUAUUUGAUUUAAAUGGCAAAUUGUAGAAUUAGAGGCAGACAAAUAAAAUAUUAAGACUA